AUGAGCUUGGGUGGAGAAGAGACUCCGGUGCAGGGGGAGGACUCCGACGCUGAGGUGGUAGCUGUGGCCAACCCAUCUAGUGCGGCUUCCGCGGGCAAGAAGAAGAAGAGAGUCUCCCCGAAGUGGAGCACGCGGCUGGACUUGACGCUGAUGAAACACGCUAUCCAGCACAAUACCUGGCGAGUGGCUGGCCUGACCGACAGUGUUGAAGACAGGUGGGCAUUAGUCGUCGAGGACUUGAACAAGGAGCCGUAUGUGAGAGUGUUCGGCAUCAAGACGGUCAAGCAUUUGAAGUCGCGCUUCGACUCGCAUAUUCGCGCUCAAACGAAGAAAAACGAGGAGGCGGCAAAAGCAUCCGGAGCAGGGAACACCUCCGCCGACGACCUCGAGGGAGACGAAGCCGAGCUGGAGAAGCUGGUGCAAUCCGCGGUAGACUCCAGGGCGGGGGAGAGGGCAGACAGUCGACAGAAAAAGGCGAGGAAGGCGGGUCAGAACUUGCUUGGGCUAUCAGCCAUUGACAUGGGCAACAGCCGGUGUGGACCGGGAGCAGCGGCGACGACCUUCGGAGAAGCUCACGCCAGCGACGAGCGCCGGAUGAGUGGUGUCAUUGACAACAGGCGACGCAUGCCUGGUUUCACGCCGUCUGGUAGUGGGAGCGGCCGAUCGAGCCCCGCUAACAUCGGCGGUGUGGCCGGUUUCGGUAGUGGUAGUGGUAACCCUAGCGGUAGCGGUAGCGGCCGAUCCAGCCCAGCUACCGCGGGUGGGGUCACACUUACCCCCCCGCUUGGGAGCACCCUUGCCGCCCUGCUACGCGCACCGACGAUUGAGAGACUUGCGUCGAAAGUUGGCGUUAUGCGUGAGCAGGCAGACCUUUUCCUCAACGCCGGAUUUAGGCCUGACCAAAUCCCACAUGAUGUCGCAACGAGGAUGAUGGAGGAUGUGAUUGCGGACUACUUCAUGGGACUAAGGGAUGGGAAGUCGGUGGAUGCAUAUGUGAGAGAUAUCGUUGCAGCUGACGAAGACGCCGACGGCAUGGACUCCGUAGAUACGUCAAAAGCUCCUGGACUAGACAGGUACCGCCUUGGGUGGCUGGUUCUGGAAGGGCCGUCGGACAAGAUCUUUGAUGGGCUGACGAGGGCUCUGGCGUCUCGACUGGUAUUCGAUGGCAGCGACACGCCGUUGGACUUCGCCGGUGGCGGCGGCGGCGCUGACGACGACGGUGAUUCCGGCUACGACGAUGCACCUCCCGAUAAGCAAGCCAAACGUAAGGGCAAGAGCGGUCGGAAAAUCCGCACCAACACCAGCAAGAAGGAGGAGACGGACAUGAACAGGAUGAUCGAGCGCUCGAUCCACAAUGCCGAGCAAAAUGAGGUUCGGAGGGCGACCAGGGAAGACGCUGCGGCAAUCAGGAGCGAGAAGAAGGCGGAGGACCGAUACCAGUGGGAGCGCGAUGAAAGGCAGCUGAAUCGCAAGCACGAGAGAGAUAUGCGUGCUGAUGAGCGACGGGAGGAACGGGAGGACAGGGAUAAGCGGGAGGCGGCUGAGGCCGCUAGGCGUGCCGAGGAAAAGGCGGACAAGGAAAGGGACUAG